AAGAUGGCUCAGUUCCGUUCCAAGAAGCCCGUAUGGCUGUUCUUAAAGCUGACGGAGUUCCUUCUGAGCGGAGGAUGUUGCUACAUGCACUACUAUUGCUUCAUGACCGAGAAGAUACCGCACAUGUUCCUGCUCUGCGGCACUUACGGUGGCUCGUCGAUAAUGUGCUUCCUGGCCGUGAUUGGAGUCUUCUACGCCGAGAAGCCGGCGAUGAAAUAUGAAGCCGCCUUCUCCGCCAUUCUGGGAUCCAUGUUCCUGUUGACCGUUUUCGCCCAAAUGCACAUGGCCACGAUGAACAACUUCAAGCAGAAACACUGGGCGGGAUUUUAUGAGUGCUGCCGGGAUAACUCCUUGAUUGCUCUCUAUGCCGCCGCCAUCUUCUUCAUACAUUGCUCCUUUUCCCUGGACCUGAUGUUGUCCCACGAACGCCUGCAUGUCCAUCCGUUGAGGAGCCAACGGCCUCUCCGACUGUACUUUCUCAGUCCGGGCAUGGAGGCGUUCCUUAGCCGGUUCAAGUGGUUUAGAGGCAUCUCCUCCCAAAUACUAGACAGCACCCAAGGCUCCGAUGAAAGCUCAGCGCCCGAAUCUGACUCCGAUGAUGAGUCACAUCAAACCCGUGUUCCAAGCACACGCCGCAGGACAACCAGGGUGUUUGAGCAGGACACGUCGAUUAGUGCUUAUGUGAAAUAGUACUUAUUGUUGCGUUAAAAUUGUAUAGGUUUCUAUUCAUUAAAGGAAAGUCUU